AUGGCUACAGUACCAUUGAGAUUCGCCAAUACCAGGGGAAUUCCUAUGAUAGAGGUGCAGUCUGUCACGAAUACCACAGAGUUGGCAACCUUCAACUUUAAUGACCAUCCGCAACGUAGGGGCAACUUCUUUGGAGGUUUCUGGGUGAAGAUGCCAUCAACCGCAGGUCUGACAGGAACAGCCAAGGUAGAGUUCGCAACAUUGGGGGUUCUUGGGAGCAAUUUGCCAUUGUAUCUGUAUGAUGGCACGCAGGCUACCGCAUUGGAUCUGUCAACAUUGGGAGGAGUUCUUUUGUGUUUCUACGAUAGAACAACUAACAGUAACGCAAGACAACUAUUCUUCCUGGACAGGAGCGCAGAGAUGCCUGUUUGGAAGAAGGGGGUAAUUGAGGAGAAGACUCCCCAGACUCCUAAGUUCAACACAAGUAUCAUUCCCUAUGGUCAGCCACAGAACACUCUUCUGAACCUGAAGGUCAAGUUUGACGAUGAGACCACGGGGUUUGAGUCAGUUCCGUCCGAUGCCAAUGUGCAUUCGUAUGGCAAUGCCAUCAUAACGGACAAUCUUGAUGCGAUGAAUGCGGAGGUGGAGAACCUCAAGAGCAUAUCGGUAGGAGUGAUAGAGAGUGUGCCUCUGCAUGAGAAACUAGUCCGCAGGUAUGAUGAGAUACUACGGGAGAUGAAUCCGCAGUAUGCCAAGCAGAAGGCGCAAGAGGAGCAGAUUGGCAAGCUUGAGGACAAGAUGGUCUCCAUAGAGGAUGCGCUCCAGAACAUCACGGGAAUGUUGUCUUCCGUGCUGACUAAAAAGAAAGGAGAAUAA